AUGGCAGACGAGGCUAUGCACAUGGUAGAGGUUGUUUCAAAUGACUUUGAAAUGACGAAUACAAAUAAAAUGGAUUGUACAAUUCUUGAUUAUUUUACAAAAUUGAAAAAUGAAAUAGAAUCUGAAAGAAUACACGGUGGGAUUGCCCUAUUAAAGUAUUUAAUUCAACAAAACUCAGAACACAGUGAUAGUCAAGAAUUUAAAUAUGCUAUAAAAAGACUUAUUAGAAGUUUAGGUUCAUCAAAAACAACUUCACGAAUAGGUUUUUAUACAACUUUGACAGUUUAUUUAAUAAUGAAUCCAGAAACAUCUAUUGAACAAUUUUUAUCUAUAGUAAACAGUGAAUUACAUCCUGUAAACAGUAAUAGUAAAAGUGAAAAUGGUGAUAUUUAUAUGGGACGCAUAUUAGCAUAUGGGACAUUAAUAAGAUCUAAAAUACUUUUAAAUAGUACUUGUGAAAUACAACUACAAAUUAUACAAGAUCUCAUCAAUGCAGGCAAACAACGUAGUUAUUUAUCAAUUGUUUCUGUUUCAUUCCUUGUUGAAUUUGUGAAUCAAAUUGAUGCUGAAUGUAUUAAACAAUCAGUUUGGCCAGUUAUUGAAAAAGAAUUUGGUAAACCAUGGACAGAACAAACUUUAGACUCAUUUUAUGCUUUGUUAGUAAUAAAAAACAAAUGUCCAUCACUUGUAAAUGAAUUUUCGAAAAAACAUUUUGGCACGGAAAACAUUAUUACCAAAGAAACUAUGGAUGAUAUAGUGAAAGUAUUAUUGGACUUACCCAGAAUUAUAUCAUGUCAUCAUCCAAUAUUCAAAUUCUUCUGUGAGAAUUUAGUAUCAACUGAACUUAUUAUUGAUUUUUGGACUCACAUAGAUCAGAAAUUUACAAAACCAUCUAAAACUGAUGAAUAUUUAGUUGUACAGAUUCUCAAAUUUAUAUUAUCAAAUACUAUAGAUAAAUCAAUACUUCCAUCAUUAUUAUCACCAAAUUAUGUGCAACAUAUGUUAAAAAAGUGUACUGGAUCUAAGUACCAUAAUAAAGAUGAAGUAAUUCUUGGAUUUAAAGAAGUCUUAAAUUUAUUAAUAUUAGCCACAAAUAGUGACGAUACAAAAUUAAAAAUACAAAUUGCUGUGUUAAAGAAAUUAAUAUUGUAUCCAGGUGAUUUAAUGAUAGAGAAAAAAACAGGUAUAAAAGUAAUUCAAAUGCUUACUGGAAAUUUAAACUUAGAUGGUAUAAAGAAAGUAUCAAAAAUAUACAGAGAUAUAAUUGAAAAUACAAUACCCAGGAACAAAUUAAACACCAAAGCAGAAUCUUUUUGGACAAAUGCUGAAAGAAUUUAUGCUGCACAUUUAUUAACAAGAUUAAUGGGACAUCCUAAAACGCUUGUGGAUAAAGAAUGGAGAUUAGAUCAGUUGAAGUUUUUAUUUACUUAUGGAUUAUGCGAAAUGCCAAAUGUUGGAGUAGAUCUUGCUCCACAAUUUAAGGAAACAUUCUAUCAUGCACUAGAUCAUAAAUUACCAAGAUUAAAUGAUCUAAGAAAUAUAUUAAGCGAAUUAGUUCACUUUUUAGACAUUCAUCUGAAAAAACAAACUUUGAAAUUAAGAAAUCCAUUAGGGAACGAAGCAAACAAUUCUUGGGAAAAAGUCAUGUGCUUAAUUAAAAAUUUAGAAAAUAAUUCAAGGAAGACGGAAGCUGUACCAGUAUUUCAUACAAUGAAUUUGCACAUGGGUUUACAAUUAUUUUCAGAUUCACAAAUGGCAAUUAUGGCCAUAGAUGAAUUACAAAGUUGUUAUGAAAGACUACUAAAAAAAUCUAAAAAACAUAAAAUUAAUAGUAAUAAAACACAAGAUGAUGAACCAGAAUGGGUAGAAGUAGUUGUUGAUUUGUUAUUGUCCUUCUAUUCUAAAAACAGUCAUUUAUUACGAUCAUUAGUAGGAUGUGUUUUUCCACAUAUUUGUUCUUAUGUUACACCAACAGCUAUACAUCAAAUAUUAGCAGUGCUAGAUGUAAGAGAUGAUAAAGGACCACUCAUAACAAAAAAUGGUUUUAAUAACGAAGAAGAAGAAAAUUCAUCAGAAACAGAAUCAAAUUCGGAUAGUGAUAAUGACGAUAAAAUUAAUGAAGAGAAUAUUAAUAAUGAAGUGGAAACUUCAACAGAUAAUGACUCUGAUUCAAAUGAAGAAUCAAUGAAUGAAGAUGAAGAUGAAGAUGAAGAUGAAGAUGAAACAGUAACUGAUAGAUUACGAAUGGCUGUAAGACAAGCAUUAGGUGAUGCUUCUGUUCAAACUGAUGAUGAAGAUAUAAAUGUAGAUAACAUUGAUGAAGAAGAAGGAAAACGAUUAGAUGAAUCAUUAGCAGCAGCAUUUAGAAUUCUACGAGAAAAUCGUCAAUCGCGAUCUAAAAAACAAGAAAAAUCAGCCCAAACAUUAACUCAUUUUAGAAUUCGAGUUAUAGAUUUAUUAGAAACUUAUUUAGAAUAUACUCCAUCAAUGGCAAUUGUACUUGAUAUGUUACUUCCUCUUUUUACAUUGUUGGAAUAUUGUAUAAAAGAUCCUCAUCAGAAACCUUUACAAGAUCGAGUUCGAUCUUGUUUAAAAAUAUUAUCAAUGAUAAAAAAAUUCAAAGAUACAGAAAAUGUUGAUGAAGAAUUAUUAACAGUAAUAUUAAAGGCUUUAAUUGAGAAAGGAGAAAGAACCACGUCUGUUUAUCAUGAAAUGAGCGAUAAAUUAGCAGAAUGUUGUACAUUCCUUGUGAGGUGUGUACAGCAGGCUAAUGUAUCAACAGAUGCAAUAAUUAAAAUUUAUGUAGAAAAUUUAACAGCAUUUUUUAAAAGAAGAGACUGUGUAUUAUCGCCUUUAUUAUUUAAAAGCAUCUUACAAUUACAAUGGGACGGUAACUGGCAUCUAACUCCUUUAUUGGUGGACUUUGCUUUUGAUAGUACUGUAAGGUCUUUUCGUCGUGGAUAUGCACUUGAAUUUUUAACAAUUUUUUAUAAUAAUAGUCGAUUAGUUCAUUCAGAUAAGAAACAUUCUGAUGUAAGAAUAAAAAUGGAAAAAAAGUUAUACAAAAAUACUAUAAGCACGUUUCAAGGAUUGUCUGAUAUGUAUAAAGUUGAAAAUAGACAAAUUGUUGCAACUGAUAAUAAUAAAAUAGGAAAAGAGGUUAAACAAAGGUAUAUUUGCCUUCUUUUUUCAUUAUUACGAAGUAUUUACACUCAUCAUUUGCCACAAGCAUGGAAUUGGAAUAAUAUUGGAAAUGUACUUAAAACGUACAGAGCUCAUGUUUCAUUUGCAAAAGAUACAAAAGCAGCAUAUAAUAGAUUAGCAGCACAAAUUGGAAUUCCACUUAACAUAUCAGUGAAAAAAGCUACAAAUAAAGAGAAUACUUCUGUAAAUGGAGAAAUAAAAGAGAUUGCAAAUAAUGUAAAGCAAUUAAAUAACACACAAGAAAAUGGAAAUACACAAAACGAUACAGAUAUUACUCCAUUAAAGAAAAACGAAUUAAAAAAAAGAAAGAAAAAUAAAAGUAAACAGAAAAAUAAACAACUAUUAAAAAAGGAAGCACGGAUGUUGCGUGAAAAAACACUGUUAGAAGGUUUCGAACCUUGUAAGUUUAGCUCUCUUGUUCUACAUGAUCAACCAGACGAAGAUGUAUCAUUACAAAAUGGGAAUUUUCAAACUGAACAGACUAGUUCUAUUUCUUCACAAAAAAGAACAAUUAAAAGUAUAUCAGAUGACAAUAAAGUGAAAAGAAGAAAAAGUAUGCAAACUGUUUGA